AUGGUGGACCCGCUGCUUGAUCCUGCCGCUCCGAUUUCCUGGCUGUCGCUGCAUUUGGACCUGGGUGUUUUCACCCCAAACAUCUUGGUGCCCACCGUGCAGCAUUUGCCCUCGUCGGCCAAGUACGACGUUGUUCUCGUCAGCGUUAACAACUUGCAAGCAUUCCAGUCCAUCUGCGAGCAGUUGGUGCCUUACAUCAAUCCAGAUACUCUCAUUGUUGUAGAAAGCACUGGCUAUGUUCAUUUAGAACCGUUUGUCCAGCUGAGCUUGGCAAAGUUCUCCAAGAUGUCUGUUUGCUCCAUCAUGUACGAGUCUGAUGUCAAACGUGUUCCGGGCUCCAAUAAUUUUAUUCACAGAAUGUUGGGCACAGAUCAUCGAAUCUACGUGGGAACAUCUUCCUCCGAUUCGUCCACCUCCAUGACCAACGCACGGGAUCUGUCCAUUUUCACAAAGUUCUACAAAGUAUUGCAGAUGGUUCAAGAGGAUCUGAAGGGCAAUAUCAGCUUGCUCAAACUGACAAACCCAAGAGAGUUCAUGACUUACCAAUGGAAGUUGGCCUUGCCACGCGUGGUAUUGAACUCCAUCUCUGUGAUCUUUGAAGAGCCAUAUCCUCAAAACUUGGAAAAGCAGAUCUUGGCAAAACCCUUGAUCACGGGCUUAGUCAACGAAGUGUUCAAAGUCAUCAAGAAAAUGGACUGUAAGCUUGUUAAGGGCUUUGAGAAUGAAUCCAAUCUCUUAAAAAAUUGGCAGAAAUACUUCCCGGUGUCUAAUGAACAGUCCACGCCUUUGUAUGCCGAGUCCAACUCGCUCUUUUACAGAUUUUACCAUCAGCAGGAAAUCGACGUGGACUUGCUAUUGUUGCAGCCAAUUCUCUUAGGUGACGACCAUGGCGUUAGAACGCCUUACUUGGAGAAUUUGUACUCGAUUUUAUGCCAACUCAACAAGAUGAACAUCGCGGAUAAUUCUCUCUUCUUCACCAGAAAAGUUCCUGGGUACGAAGGUAAAAUGAACGAGCUCAACGUGCUCACUGGAGAUCUUGCCAACCUCCGCAUAGAAAAACAAAAAGCGGAUUCCUCGUAUCAGGAAACCUUAGUGCUGCUAAAACAGAUCGAAGGCUCUAUUUCUCAGAAGAGGAAGGCCCACGAAUCUGCCAUUAAGGACUUUGAGUUGAGAUCUAGUGACCAUCAGGCCAAGUUGCUCCAGUUUGACACUAUCCGUAGCGAACAAGAACGUGCUAUUGCAGAUAUGGAUGCCCGUUUGCAAAUGAAGCACCGUGAGCUUGACCAGUUGAAUUCCCAGAUUGCGGACGCCCAAAACGCUGCUAGAAUCCACCAAGAACCAGUUACCCAACCGACACAUGUGCUGAACCAUGUCCAGCAUCAAAACCAGGCGGUACCUUCUGAAGAAAAGGGACCCGUCCACAAAGAGGUUGUUGACCAACUAAAGGGCAAAUCUGUUCAAGUUCAUGACACUCCCGAUCUCUCUGAUCUUUCUGACAUUGCGAUUUACGGCGCCGCUCUCAACGGUGAACAACAUGUUCCAAAAGAGGCUUUGCAGCCCGAGCAAGCUGCCAUGAAUUCUCAGGAAACUGGACAAGAUCCUGCGCGGGUACGUGAGUUGGAGCUCGAGCGCAGAGAGCAGAUGCUCAUUGAACGUGAACGUGAUCUCGAACAGGCUCGCAUGAAUAUUGGCCCAGAUGAGAACUAUAAUGGCAACCAAAACUAUAAUGGCGGUUACAAUGGCAACCAGAACUACAAUGGUAACUACAACGGCAACCAGAACUUCAACAAUAAUCAGAACUUCAACAAUAACCAGAACUAUAAUGGAAUCCAGAACUAUAACGCCAAUCCAAACACCAAUGGAAUGCAGACCUUUGGCAACAACUAUAGUAAUAACAAUUACGCUGGAGGAUACGGCCAACAGGCCAAUGGUAAUGUUAACUAUGGAAACAAUUACAACGGACGGUCACAGUCGCAAGCUCACUCGCUCACCACCGGCCAAAGGCCACCUACUAACGACGGCUACUUUGACCAAAAGCCACCUCAUGGAUUACCCUCCAACGGGUUUCCACAAAACACGUUGCCGUCUACAUUGCGCAACCCACAAAGGUACCAAAAUGGACAACAGCCACAACAUGCCCCCAACUCCAAUGCUCCUCGUCAGAGAUUGAGCUCCAUGCGGUCGUUCCAGGACCCUAAUCAAAUGGGCAUGCAACAGCAGUAUCAAUCGCAGGCAUUCGGCAUGAAUCAGAUGAACGCUCCACAGCAGAUGAACGCUCCACAGCAAAUGAACAACGGUCCUCAUCAAAUGCAAGGCAACGGGCCAAUGAUGAAUCAGCAAGUUUCUAACCGCGUCAGCAGUGCUCAAGGGUAUCAGUCAAAGGGCAAGAACCGUAGAUCUGCAUUCCCUGAUCAAGCCUUAAACAUUGAUUAUGGAGGAAGGGGAGGUAUGCCAAUGCCAGCAGCCAGCUCGGCCUCCAAUCCCGGAGCGCCAGCAAAGAACAAACACAGGUCGAUGAUGCCAGGACAAAUGGGAGGAGCAACUUCUCCAUCGGUUCAGCAGCGUAAAUCGAUGUCGGGAGUUCCGGUAAUGCCGUCAAACAAUCUUCUCCGUCCACCACAGACGGGUUCAGAGUCGGCAUCCAACUCCAGCAACAUGGAUGAGUCGCCCAAAACUUCCACGCCUGACUCACUGAAUAACAUUACCAUUGAGGUUCCAGCCUACAAUGAUGCAGCAGCUAAGCCAUUGGGAGGAUUAGCCCCAACUCAACAGGAAAAGAAGAAGAAGAAAGGAUUUCUUAGAAAAGGGUAA